UCACACUUGUUGAAUAACAUUUAAUCUCUAAAAGCUGCAGCGGAUGUUUUUGGACGUUUCCUCUCCCGGUGCCUCGCGUCUUUUCUCCCCGGUGUCCGUACGCGCGGGUUUCACCGCUGCAUGAGAAAAAUAACAUCCCACUUCAGAGACACAACAUCCAGCUUCUUACCGGGAUCGAUAUAGUUCAUCUCUUAUUCAUUCGGCUUUCCUUUUAAGCGGAGAGAGCUCCGGAAGCGCCCCGAGCACGUUCGCCCUCUCCACCGGGGUUUGUUUGCGGCGCCGCUGGGUGGCACCGCUGUCUCCGGGCGGAGCGACUCUGAUCUCCGGCAUGGUGGACGUCGGCGCGACGUCGAAAAAGGUUUUGAAAACCGCUCCAUCAUCAUUACUGCAUCUCCUGGAACUCUGUGUUUCACAUGAUUAAUAUUUCAGAGUAGAGCUCCGGCCUGAGAGACAGAGAGAGAGAGAGAGAGAGAGAGAGAGAGAGAGAGAGAGAGAGGCCGGGGAGCUCCGGGUUGACACGCCGACCGCAGCGCACUCUCCGCCGGGCAGCACCGCUGGGUGGCACCGCUGGGUCCAGCAGCCGGUGGUGGAGAUGGUGGUGUUGGAGAACUAAUCUCGUUUGAAUUGCAAAAUCGUGACCCGGUUGCCUACUCUGUAUUUUUAGGACCUGGAUUGGAUUAGCUUCUGAGACAGGGGGAGCUUCGGGACAAACAGGCCGAGGACGGCGCGCUGUCGCCGGGUUGGGGGAUGUCGCGCUGGCGGGACAUUUUAUAGAGAUCCAGGUUUUUCUUUUUUUUCCCUGCACAACAGAAACCCCCAAUUAUUGUGUUUUUGUGUGUGUGUGUGUGUGAGAGGACAUGGCGGACUCCGGCAGGGACAUAUCGCCGUACCCGGACUCCGCGGACUGCCAGACACCGAGCCCCCUGGCCGGGAAGAAGAGGGCGCAGCAGUCCCCCGGUCUCCGGAACAAGUACCGGAGCUCCGCACCGGGCCACUGCCUAAAGAGGGUGACCCUGACCAAACCCACCUACUGCCACAGCUGCAGCGACUUCAUCUGGGGGCUCGUGGGCUUCCUGUGUGAAGUGUGUAACUUCAUGUGUCACGAGAAAUGCCUGAAGACGCUGCGCUCAGCUUGUUCCUGCAUGACUCCGUCUUUGGUCCGGGUUCCUGUGGCUCACUGCUUCGGACCCGCCGGCCAGAAGAAACGUUUCUGCUGCGUCUGCAGGAAACAGAUGGAGGGGAACGCGGCGCUGCGCUGCGAAGUGUGUGAGCUGCAUGUCCACGCUGACUGUGCCGUCUUCAGCUGUGCAGACUGUCGUAGUCCUCACCUGGACGGCACUCUGGAGCAGGUGAGUGUGAGAACCAACUACCAUAGAGUCUCUAAAAGAAGAUCCAACUCAAUAAUGUGCACUUCUACAACAACCAAUCAACAACCAAUCACUACUUCAUGAAACUACAGAGAGUCGAUGAUGACUGACGGACUGAGAUAGUUAACUCGGUCACGUUUCAAUUCCUUUAUUAAAACAUUUGUUUCUACAUUUGUACUUUAUCAAAUGUCACUCGUUAUGUUUGUGUUUGGUGCACUGCGAUAAACUGGCGAACUGUCCAGGGUGUACCGCUG